AUGGGUCAUGAUGUCCCGAGCCCUAAAAAAGGCGAGAAGUUUGCUAAUAUCCCCCUACGGGGAUAUUGGCAAAUUUUCUUCGUAUUGGAAUUUUCGGGUUUUAUGUGGUACCUCUCAAAAGGGGGAGAAGUCCUCGCCGCUGCUGGCCUUUUUCUCCACCAUUCUGUCUUGUGUGAGAUCAUCGAGUGGAACCAAAGUCUGGGUCUGCCGAUCGAUCUCACAUACGGGUGGAGAGAGGGCGUAAAGUUAAGCACCGGGCUUAAGCCGCCCAAGGUUGAUACCGCUAUUAACGUCGGCUUAUCUGUCAGUCGCGUUGGGUCUGCCGCUCAGUUGAAAAUUAUGAAACAAGUCUGCGGUAGUUCAAAACUGGAAUUGGCACAAUAUCGCGAAGUGGCCGCCCUUGCUCAAUUUGGGUCAGACCUUGAUGCUGCGACUCAGGCAUUACUCAAUAGAGGUGCAAGGCUUACAGAAGUACCGAAACAACCACAAUAUGCACCACUUCCAAUUGAAAAACAAAUUCUAGUCAUUUAUGCGGCUGUCAAUGGAUUCUGUGAUCGAAUGCCACUAGACAGAAUCUCUCAAUAUGAGAGAGCCAUUCCAAAUAGUGUAAAACCAGAAUUACUACAAUCCCUUUUAGAAAAAGGUGGGUUAACUAACGAAAGAAAGAUGGAACCAGAUGCAUUUUUAAAAGAAAGCGCUUUAAUAUGA